GGUGUUUGCUGUCCGGAGGAACUGAGUCUGAGCCAUGGGUGGGGUGCUGGGAUUGUGUUCUGUCGCCAGCUGGAUCCCGUGUCUGUGCAGCAGUGCAACAUGUCUGCUGUGUCGGUGCUGCCCGAAUACCGGCAAUUCUACGGUGACCCGCAUUGUCUACGCAUUCCUCAUGCUGCUUGGGGCCAUUCUCUCUUGCAUAAUGCUCUCCCCGGGCAUAUCGGACCAAUUAAAGAAGAUUCCUGGAUUUUGUGAAGAUGGCUUUGGGACGCAGUUACCCCACAUUGAUGGCUACGUCAACUGCAACGUGCUGGUCGGAUACAAGGCCGUCUAUCGUGUCAGUUUCGCUAUGACCAUGUUUUUCCUCGCUAUGAGCAUAUUUAUGUUGGGAGUCAAGACAAGCAAAGAUCCACGAGCCGCCAUACACAAUGGGUUUUGGUUCUUUAAAGUAUUGGCUCUGGCUGGAAUUAUGGUUGGUGCUUUCUAUAUCCCAGAAGGACAUUUUACAUCUGCCUGGUUCUGGAUAGGAGUAUGUGGAGCCUGCUGUUUCAUCGUUUUUCAGUUAAUUCUGCUUGUGGACUUUGCCCAUUCCCUAAAUGAGAACUGGGUGGAGCGCAUGGAGGAAGGAAACUCUAAGUGCUGGUAUGCAGUGUUGCUAUCCUUUACCAUCCUAUGUUAUUCCUUAUCUUUACUCUUCAUCGUCUUCCUCUUCUUAUACUACACAAAGUCCGAUGGUUGCACCGAGAACAAAUUCUUCAUCAGCUUCAACAUGAUCCUGUGUGUGAUUGUAUCGGUCGUCUCCAUCCUUCCCAAAGUGCAGGAGCAUCAGUCCCGAUCCGGUCUUCUCCAGUCCUCUAUGAUUACUUUAUAUACCGUCUAUCUGACUUGGUCCUCAAUGUCUAACGAGCCUGAUCGGUCCUGCAACCCAAGUUUGAUCAGCAUCAUAUCGACCAUAAACUCUCCAGCAAUCAUCUCUUCUAAUGAAACCGUACUUGAACCUACGCCUGAACCCAUCAAAUCCCUGCAGUGGUGGGAAUCUCAGAACAUCAUUGGGUUUAUCCUCUUUGUUGCCUGCCUUAUGUACUCAAGUAUCCGCAACACGACCAAUAGCCAAGUGAACAAGCUCACCCUGUCUGGCAACGAUGCCGUAAUCCUGGAUGACUCGACGGGAACCGGAGACGCAGAAGACGGAGAAGUGAGACGCGUUGUAGACAAUGAGAAAGAUGGCGUCCAGUACAACUAUUCUCUCUUCCUUUUCAUGCUCUGCCUCUCCUCUCUGUACAUCAUGAUGACUCUGACUAACUGGUACAGCCCAACCGCAGACUCCAAAACCAUGACGAGCACGUGGCCCGCCGUGUGGUUUAAGAUCAGCUCCAGCUGGCUGUGUCUGCUCCUCUACUUCUGGACUCUCAUCGCCCCCAUUGUUCUCUCCAAUCGCGAAUUCGACUAAUCAGACGAUCGAACAAAAAGCCGCGCCGCUUUUCUCUUGAAUAAUCUUUCCAUAUAACGGAGAACCCUGAAGGGGUCAAUGUAUAACUUGUAUCUUCCUGCUGUUUCUCUUACUUUGAUCAAAUGUUUUUGGCUUUCCGUCUUGAUAUUGAUAAUAUAUAUAUAUAUAUUGCUGCCUUUUUAUUUGCUGAGCUGAUCUAGAGUAUUUAAGUCUAUUUCCUACUAGUAAUCACUGUCGGAUAUUUUAUACGCCAGUUGCACUGCUUCUCUUUUAAGUCAAAUUGAGGUAAUUCUAUUGUUUUUUUCCUAUUUUUGCUGUGGGGCUCAUUUAUAAACACUGGGCAAAUUUGCCCCUUGGCAGUAACCCAUAGCAACCAAUCAGUGAUUUGAUUUUUCCAGCCACCUUUAAGGAAAACAAAUGAAAGCAAACAUCUGAUUGGUUGCUGUGAGUAAAGCUGGCCAUAGACGCACAGAUCCUAUCGUACGAAUCGAGGAAAAGAUCGCCAAACGGGCGGAUCUUUGCGUCUAUGGCCACCAUAACUGACCAGGAUAUUUAAUACGCCAGUUGCACUGCUUCUCUUUGAGUCAAAUUGAGGCAAUGAAAGCAAACAUCUGAUUGGUUGCUGUGAGUAACUGCCCAGUGUUUCUAAAUAACCCACUAGUGUUUAUAUACACGUUCCAGCCCUGCUAUUUUCAGUAUUGAUGGACCACAAACCUCGAGGGGAAUUCGUUGUGUGAUGCAGUGCAUUGCAGCCCUCGGCCACUGAGCAACACCCCAAAGCUAGAAUGUGGGGAUCAGUCUUUGUCGUUUUGUAAUAGGGAUGCACCGAGUCCACUAUUUUGGAUUUGGCCGAACCCCUGAAUUGAAUUUGCAUAUGCAAAUUAGGUGUGGGAAGGGGUAACCGGUUUUUACUUCCUGACAAAAAGUCACGCCAUUUCCCCGCCCCUUAUUUGCAUAUGCAAAUUAGGAUUUGGUUCGGCCGGGCAGAAGGAUUCAGGCAAAUCCGAAUCCUGCUGAAAACGGCCGAAUCCUGGAUUUGGUGCAUCCCUAUUUUGUAAUCAAUAGUGGUAGGGGAACAAGUAACAGGGGUCGCUGCUGCCCAAAUAUGAAGGAAAAUGGCUGAAAACUGUGCAAGGGCAAUAAAGCACUAAGGAAUAUUUUUGUUGUAACAUGAACACUGUGUAAUAUAUACAAAUAUAUACAAAUAAAAAUCAUGAUUUG